AUGUCUCUUGUCGUGACCGGCACAGUUGGAGGACCCGUGAUUGCGGGAGCUCUACUUGAAUUGACAGGGUAUUGGCCAGCCUGGUGCCUGCCAUUGGGAUUUCUAGCCUUCGAUAUCAUUGCAUGGUUGAUCUUGAUUGAACCACAGGAUUUCAAUUCUGCUGAUACACCUGCACGGGAUGGGACGCCUGAAUAUGACGAAACAACACCAGACAGCAACAACAGGGAAUGCUCUCCACUGCUUUCACCAAUUACACAACCCAAUUCUAAAGAUGGUGAGGUUGAGCAAACUCCAUCGGCAACAAAGUUUUAUUUCACAAUGCUUGCAGACAUCCGAGUCAUUGUCGGUAUUUCGAACAGCGUUACAACAUCUGUAGUAGUUGCAGCACUGAACACUACUCUACCAGUCCACCUUCGUGAAAUUUUUGGCUGGGGUCCGCUAGACGUUGGAACAAUGUUCCUGCUUUUGCGCGUCCCUAGCAUAAUCCUGGGGCCAAUUUCGGGUUGGCUUAGGGACAUUGUUGGACUUCGUUAUCCUACUACGAUCGCAUGGAUGGUCAUGACUCCUAUGUUGAUUUUCCUGGGUAUUCCUGGGAAUGGAACAUCCUGGGCCUCUGGCGAGGAAAAUGGAAAACAAAUAUUUAUCUUCUGCAUGGUGGGCAUGGGACUUGUCCUGCCCUUUAUCCAAGGCUCAGGGAUGCUCCAUGUGAUGAGCAUAUUGGAAGAGUAUGAGUCUAAGCAGCGCAAGAUAUUUGGCCCACGUGGUGGACGCUCCAGAGUUUUUGCUAUGAACGAGGUCGCGUUUAAUCUCGGACUGAUGCUGGGACCACUAUUUGCGGGACCUUUGUCAGAAAUGAUUGGAUUUGACCGUAUGAGUAUGAUUUUAGGUUGCAUUUGUUUCGUUGUGGGUUUGGCCUCGUAUCGCUUUUUCAGAACAAGAAAUGAAGUAAAGGACGGCGGUGCUUCGGUCUAG